AUGCAAACAGCUUUAACCUUUGUUGCCCCCAACGCUGUGCCUUUUGCACCCACAAAAAGUCUCACCCAUCUCACCAACUUCCCUACCAAAUUGAAAGCCCCACGCUCCUCCCCUCGUUUCUCUCCAAUACGGGUUGCAACUGCGGAGCCUGAUACUUCAACAGUGGACUACAACUCAGCCUUCUCAGUGUUUCCAGCAGAAGCAUGUGAAACUAUAGGUGGGGAAACCUGCAUGGCAGACAUGUACCCUGAAGCCAAGGUGCAGCCACAAGCUAAGAGCGCCACACCACGAGUCUCUACAGAGAACGUUGAGAGAGAGUAUCUUGAAUACAAUGAUCCUAAAACGGUAUUUCGAGCAGAGGCUUGUGAUGAUCUUGGAGGAACUUUCUGUGAGCACGAUUAUCAGAAGAAUGUCUAUUAG